GACAGAUUCGCGGAGUGGCCGCAUGAAUUCAAGGUUAAUUGUUUCGCUGCAGGGUGAAACUGAUUUAUAUUAUCUAUAUUCUUUCUUAUUUACGUAAUAGCUGCUGUCAGAAUGAAGGAAACUCCACUUUCUGUAUCUGUGUGAGGUCGUGCGUUUAGGGACUCAGCUUCAUUUGCUGAUCGGUCUUUUUGAGCAAAACAGUGCGCAAACUUCUAGACAUCAGGCGAGUCAUCUUUUACUUAAAAUCAUGAAAAUAGAAAGUGUGAUGGUAACCGGCGCCAACAGGGGCAUCGGUUUAGAAUUCGUGCGGCAACUGAGUCAGCUGAGUGAUCCUCCUCAGUAUAUUUUUGCCACCUACAGAAAUGCUGACAGCUUGAAGGACCUCAAAGAAAUCGAAGAAUCCUCGAAAAAGGCGAAAAUCAUUCUGAUUAAAAUGGACGUUACCCGCUCAGAAGAAAUAGCAUCGGCUAAACAAACAGUCGAAGCCACCGUUGGAGAAAAGGGCCUCAACCUGUUGAUCAAUAAUGCUGGAGUAGCCCAGCCUGAACUUUUCCCCAACAUUACCCCCCAAAAUUUGGAACUUCACUUUAAAGUCAAUACAGAAGGGCCUAUUAUGGUCCUACAAGCAAUGCUGCCCAUCUUGGAGAAAGCAGCCCGACUGAAGGGAGAAGGAGGCGCCAUGAGCGCGUCCAGAGCAGCUGUGCUCAACAUGACUUCGAUGGCCGGAAGCAUCACCAACACUGGAGUCGUAUUCACAGAAGACUUGGCAGUUCCAUCCUACAAAACCAGCAAGGCUGCCCUCAACAUGGCCAUGAAAGUUGCAGCAGCCCAUGCAAAGGACAAAGGAAUUUUGGUUGUCAUGAUGUGUCCCGGCUGGGUGAAGACAGACAUGGGAGGUAAGGACAGAGCUGUCCUGGAACCAGAGGACAGCAUUGCUGCCAUGAUAAAAACCUUAUCAAUUUUGAAUGAAUCACACCAUGGUGUUUACAUGGAUAGAUUAGGAAAUCCUUAUCAAUUUUAAGAAUUCUUAGAAAGAUAACUAGUACAUUUUUUCUUCAGAAAACUCUCCUUUUUUUUUCCUUAGCAAGUUAACUUUGAAUUAAAUUCAGAUGAAUAUCCUUUUGGUAUAUUUCAAUAAAAAAUUUAUUUUUUAAAA